AUGGAAGGCCCUUUAAGUAAAUGGACUAAUCUCGUCAAUGGUUGGCAAUACCGUUGGUUUGUGCUUGACAUAAGCCUAGGGGUUUUAUCUUAUUACACGUCUAAAGAGAAGAUGAUGCGAGGCGAUAGACGUGGAUGUGUAAAGUUAAAAAAUGCUCAAGUUGGGAUUGAUGAUGAAGACGAUAGUACAUUCACCAUAACGGUUGAUCACAAAACAUUUCACUUCCAAGCUCGUAACUCAGAUGAACGUCAAAAGUGGCUAGACGCUUUACAGGAGGCUAGGGAUUUACAUACGCAGAAUUAUGCUCUUCUGAAUCAGACCAAUCGUUUACUGGAACAUCCUUGCAGCCUUUCCGAAUUCGACCGUCGUAUCGUAGAGGCAGAUGCUUUUUUACAAAUUCUCAUAGAUCAACAUGAGCAACUGAUCAGUCAUAUUCCAUCGUCCGAUGAAUGUCGGCCGGAGAUUAUGGGUGCUGUCACUUUUCGGAUGCAAAGGCUUAUCGAACUGGUGAAAAAGACAAUUGUAUGCCUCCAGUUUGCCAGAGGUUCAGUCAAUGGUUCAUAUCGUAUACCGAUUACUUUGAAUGACAACAUUGUUCCUGAUGCAGUUGACAUUCCGCACACUUUACAAUUCGAUACGUCUAGAUCAAACAGUGCUUUUUCUACAUUGAAAGUGAAAGAUUAUGAUUUAAAAGUACAUGGGAUAAAUCAUACAUUUAUGAACCUUCAAAGUGGUGAAGGUGACGGUGAAAAUCCAUUCACUUCUUGUCAAGAGUCCUUAUCUAGUGCUUCCCCUAUUAUAACACAGAAACCCUCCAGAAAACAUUCUACUCGUAAUUCUCGACGUUCGGAAAAAGGCAAAUUACACAAGCGGCCAUCUUCUACUACAGAAUCAUCUAUCGAAUCCCAUUCAAUACGUUCACAUCCUGAGCAGCUAGCUACUAUUUCUUCAUCGCUCCCUAAUGAUACUGUGAUUGUUAAAAGAUGCUUUGAUGCAUUAGAUUCACCCUCUUCUAAUUAUCCACCACUGUCCAUCCCAAGAAUGCCAGUUAGGUCUUAUUCUUCUUCAGAUGAUGAUCAGGCUCAAUUGGAUCAAGAAGAAGAGGAUGAAGAAUUCUUUGAUACUCAAGAAGAUAUUUCUAUCAACUGCGCAACAACGAAUUCCCCACAACCUGUCAAGGAUAAUACAAAUAUCAACAUGCAUUCAAAUCCAACUGUUCCUGUAACGAAAUCUGGUCGUUAUCGUUCAAGUCAGUCAUCAUCAAAUAAUCAGACGAAUUUGUCUUUGGAUGAUACCUUCGACGAAUUGUAUGAUGAUGAAAAUGAAGAAGAGUUAGGUUCUGUGCAAUCUCACGGUUCUGUAAUAACACAUCUUCUUUCUCAGCUUCGAAUCGGAAUGGAUUUAACUAGAAUCACUUUGCCCACAUUCAUUCUCGAACGUCGUUCUACACUGGAAAUGUAUGCAGACUUUUUAGCACAUGCUGAUUUAUGGGCUGUUAUUCCUAAUGCAUCAACGCCUCGUGAUCGUAUGGUUGCUUGUCUUCGGUGGUAUUUAUCUGCAUUCCAUGCUGGCAGACGAUCGUCAGUUGCUAAGAAACCUUACAAUCCUACAUUAGGUGAAAUAUUUCGUUGUUAUUGGCCUUUAUCUAAAGAGAGUGGAGAUGAUUCGUCAAAUGCAUCAGAAAAACCACAGGACAAAUUAUAUAAUUCUGGUCCUGUUCCUUGGGCGCCUAACAAUUCCGUAGUCUUCUUAGCAGAACAGGUCUCACACCAUCCUCCUAUAUCCGCCUUUUAUGCUGAACAUGUUAAUAAUCAAAUAGCUGUAGAUGGACACUUGUGGACUAAAUCAAAAUUUCUUGGUCUAAGUAUAGCUGUAGAAAUGGUUGGUUCAGCUGUCAUAUCAUUACUAAAUCAUAAUGAAGAAUAUGUGGUUACGUUUCCAUGUGGAUAUGGCAGAAACAUUCUCACUGUUCCAUGGAUUGAAUUGGGUGGGAAAACUAGCAUCACAUGCUUAAAAACUAACUAUAUAGCUAAUAUCGAGUUUCGAACAAAACCUUUUUAUGGUGGUAAAAGAGAUACUUUACGUGCUGAGGUUUUUGGACCUAAUGAUAAGAAGGCAUUUCUUAUUGUUGAAGGUGAAUGGAAUGAUAAGAUGCUAGCGAAGUGGCCUCAUGGUAAAAAUGAGUUAUUCAUUGAUACCCGUAACCUACCAACUGUAAGAAAACAUGUACUUCCUCGAUCUCGCCAAGAAGAAAAUGAAUCAAGACGAUUGUGGGAGGAAGUGACUUAUAAUUUAAAAGUGGGUAAUAUCGAUGCAGCAUCAGAUGCUAAACAUCGUUUGGAACAGCGACAACGAGAUUUAGCUCGACAGAGAAGAGACUCAAAACAUACAUGGACACCAAAAUACUUUCGCGAAGAGGGAGAAAACUGGAUUUAUAGACAUCCUUUAGUUCAACGCCUACAUCAAUCACCCAAUCAAAAUAAUUCUCCCACUGAACCACAAACCGUCUCCAAGAUCACGAAUUUAGCAUGUUCACCGGAUAUAGUUGUUAAUCCAGUUUCUUGUAACAACGCAGUGACCGAUUCUCCUCAGAUAGUCCAUGCUACUACAUCUAAGUCUUCAAUCCCUGUAAUUGAAUAUUUCCCCAGUCCAUAG